AUGAGUGAGCUGUUCGAGGAGAUCAAUGUGCCGGAGACCGGAUUUACGUACCUGCAGCCUCUCGGGCUGUUCAUAGACAACGAAUUUGUCGCGCCUAUGGGGGGCUCGCAGCUGCAGACGACGAACCCUGCCAACGGCGAGUUGAUUGCCACUUUUUACGCGGCGGGUGCGGCAGACGUGGACGCUGCGGUGGCAGCAGCGCGGCGCGCGUACGAGGAGCGGUGGCGGCACACUUCAGCGCAGGAGCGAGGUGCGCUGCUGGCGCGGCUGGCCGAGCUAGUCGACGAGGAGCGUGAAGUGCUGGCUGGGAUUGAGACGCUGGACAGCGGCAAGCCGUACCACACCAACGCGCUGGCGGAUCUGGACCAGGUUGCAUACGUGACGCGGUACUACGCGGGCGGCGCCGACAAGAUGCACCAGGGUGAUGCGUUUGCGCUAAGCCACACGAAGCAGGCGUACACGCUGGAAGUCCCGUACGGGGUUGUGGCGCAGAUUGUGCCUUGGAAUUACCCGCUGGCGAUGGCGAGCUGGAAGGCGCAGGGGUGCUUGGCCGCGGGCAACUGCGUGGUGAUCAAGCCCUCGGAGAACACCAGUCUGUCGCUGUUGUACUUCGCAAGCCUCGUGCGGCGCGCAGGGUUCCCGCCAGGCGUGUUCAACGUGCUGCCAGGGCUGGGGCCAGAGGUUGGGCAGCGGCUUGCGGAACACAAAGGCGUCGACAAGAUUGCCUUCACGGGGAGCACUGCCGUUGGGCAGAAGGUGAUGGCUGCUGCCGCGAUGUCGAACCUCAAGGACGUCACCCUGGAAUGUGGCGGUAAGUCGCCCGCCGUGAUCUUUGCGGACGCAGACCUGGACUCUGCAGUCAAUUACGUUGCCGCGGGUAUUUUCUAUAACUCCGGACAGAAUUGCACUGCGAAUUCUCGGAUAUACGUCCAGGAGGCUGUAUACGACGCCUUCUUGGACAAGUUUCGCGCCCAUGUCCGCAGUACGUAUUCGUUCGGCUCGGGUCUGUUUAGCAAGGACUGCAAUAUGGGGCCAGUGAUCUCAAAGACCCAGUACGAUCGCGUCAUGGGAUACAUAAACCACGGAAUCAAUGAAAAGCUCGCUUACGAACAGUUUGGAUCUGUACCGGAGAAGGGCUACUAUAUUCCUCCCACAAUAUUUCUGGACGUUCCUCAGAGCUCGAGACUCUGCCGUGAAGAGAUAUUCGGCCCUGUGGCCGUAGUUGCGAAAUUCAAGGACUACGAUGAAGCUAUUCGUUACGCUAAUGACACUAACUAUGGGCUGGCAUCCUGCGUUUUCACUGAAAACAUACGCGUUGCGCACCGCUUUGUCCGUGAUGUCCAAUCUGGCACUGUGUGGGUUAAUUCCUCUAAUGAUGAGGAGGUGGGAGUGCCUUUUGGCGGGUUCAAGAUGAGCGGUAUCGGAAGGGAGCUGGGGAAGGCAGGCCUGCAAACUUACCUCCAGACUAAAGCAGUACACCUGAACUUUGCUUAG